AUGGAGCCUCCAGGGGACCAGCAGCCCAUAACUGAAGAGCCAUCGUUCACCGUCGCGCAUCAAAAGGUUGAACUUGAGAUCAACUUCAGCCAGUAUCUUAGUGGAAGGACCGAGAUUACCAUCUAUCCUGAUUCGGCAGACCUCAAAGAGAUAAGCUUGCAUGGGCGACAGUGUACCAUCAACAAGGUCUUGGUCAACGGCAUUCCGCCAUCAUCGGUACGCCAUGAAGAUCCCUGCGACCAGCUUACGCUCCAUUCCCAUGGCUCAGUCUAUCAGCACCACUUGCUGGCAGAGAAAGUGACGAGAUCGGUUGGGCCAGAGCCGUUGCCGGACAUUGUUAUUAGCCUGCCAAAGAAAUUGAAGAUUGUGCCGGUCGCGGUUGCGGAGGUGCACACUCAAGCUGCUGGUUCCAUCAAGAUCACAGACCCGCAGGCUCAAGGCCCUUCCGCUACCGAGCUGACACAGGCCCUUUCGGAUGCCACUGCUGCGAAAUUCACCCCUCUGACUCUGGUCAUCGAAUUUGAGACUUCUCACGCACGGGAGACUCUGCACUUCGUCUCCGGCCGGGGACGGAGUGGUCGAUGGCCACACGCGUAUACACGGACGAAGCUGGGUCCAGGCGGCGCCUCGCCGUUGUUUCCGUGUGUGGACCAAAUCAACAGUCGAUGCACGUGGGACAUUUCUAUAAAAUGUCCGAGGACGGUCGGCGAUGCUAUUGACCAAGCUACGUCGGUCGAUAGCGGGCGGCGCAAUCGAGAGGCAUCUGCAAAGGAUUCAUCUCGCCAGAGCUUUGAAACAAAAGAGAUGAUUGUGGUCUGCUCGGGUGAGCUCACCGACGAGAUACUGGACAAGGGCGAUCCUACGACGAAGACCACGUCUUUCUCCUGCUCACAACAACUGGCGCCGCAGCAGAUCGGCUUUGCCAUCGGCCCGUUUGAGCGUGUAAACUUGAGCGAGCUCAGAGAUGCACAAGAGAUUGCCGAUAUCGGUCGCAAUGCCGUUGAGAUGUGGGCAUAUUGCUUACCUGGACGAUCAGAGGAGACCAAAAACACCUGCCUGCCAACGACCAAAGCCAUGGACUAUGUUGUCCAAAAAUACAUAUCCUGUCCAGUCAAAUCUUAUGCCAUGUGUUUUGUCGAAGACGCUCCAUCAGCCACGUCCAUCUUUGCGGGUGUGACAAUCUGCAGCACUCGAAUCCUGUACCCGGAACAGGUUAUCGACCCUGCGCAGGAAGUUACGAGAAAGCUAGUACAUGCCAUUGUCUCGCAGUGGAUUGGAGUCAAUAUUGUUGCCGAAAAUCCUCGAGACAAUUGGGUCAUUGUAGGAGGUGCCUACUUCAUCACCAACCUCUUUAUGAGAGAGCUCUGUGGGAACAACGAAUACCGGGCUUAUAUCAAGCGACAAGCAGACCGCGUUGUAGAGCUAGACUACGAACGGCCUUCAAUCUACGAAAUCGGCGCCUUUACUUACGUCGACCCGGCAGAGUCGGAAUUCUUGGCCACCAAAGCCCCAGUCGUGCUGUUUAUUUUGGAUCGCCGUAUCGCCAAAAAGGAGGGCACUUCCAAGAUGCCCGGAAUCCUGGCAAAGCUACUUACCAGGGCUCGGACGGGUGAUCUGGAGAACAAUGCGCUCUCGACGGAGUUGUUCCAAAAGACUACUGAACGGAUGGGUCACGAGAAGAUCGAUGACUUUCUGGCCCAGUGGGUUAAGGGGGCAGGAUGCCCUCGAUUUUUCGCCCAACAAAGAUUCAACAAGAAGAAGCUGGUCGUGGAGAUGAGCAUUCGACAAGAACAGGCUUCACGCGAAACUGUGCGCGACCUGGAUCCUGACAACUUCCUGCGGGACGCCCGGGACGACUUUUAUGGAGUGUGGCCUGCUACUGCCCAACAGGUAUUUACCGGGCCGAUGACGAUUAGGAUUCACGAAGCGGACGGAACUCCUUACGAACAUAUUGUGCAGAUCAAGGACGCUAACACUGUCAUGGAAGUUCCCUACAACACCAAAUACAAGCGCCUUAAGAGGAGCAAGAAGCAGAGGGCUCGAGCUAACACGAAAGCUGCGACGGAACAGGGUGAGGAAGAAAAUGACUCUCUCGUCUAUUGCCUGGGUGACGUACUGCAGACGGAAGAGGAAAUGACCAACUGGCGGAUAAAGGAGUGGACUACUGAUCAGGAAGACAAAAUGAAUGCCGAGUCGUAUGAAUGGAUCCGACUGGAUGCCGACUUUGAGUGGAUUUGCACUAUGAACCUUGCCAUGCCGGGGUACAUGUACGCGUCCCAGCUCCAGCAAGACCGAGAUGUUGUGGCGCAGAUCGAGUCGAUCCGCACGAUCUCAAGAUAUCCACCCGAUGCAACGACGUCUUCCAUUUUUAUCCGCACUCUGAUGGACCGGCGGUAUUUUCAUGGUGUCCGGGCCCUAGCCGCGAAAGCGCUUGUGAGGCAUGCUGCAGAAGAAGUGGACAAUAUAGGCUUGUUUCAUUUGAAAAAGGCCUACGAAGAACUGUAUUGCGUUACAGACCAAAGCUCAGCCUUGACGAGGCCGAACGACUUCUCGGACCAACUCUCAUACAUGCUGCAGUGUGAGAUAGUGGAAGCCAUCGCGAUGGUCCGGAACAGCCAGGGCCAUUCCCCAAAAGAAGUCAGAGACUUUUUGCUGGAGAAGCUAAAGUACAACGACAACUCGGCCAACGACUAUUCGGACGCGUUCUACGUCGCCCGGCUGAUGAAAGCGCUGACCGGCGCGGCAAUCGCACGACCCCGCUACAGCGAGUGGGACAUGGCCGAGAACUUUGAGAUCGAAGACGAGAUCCACGACCUGAGGGAGUUUGAGCGUCAGUUUCUGGACGAGAUCGACCGGUACCGGCGGAUGGACGAGUGGACGAGCUCGUACCAGAACCUGUAUUGCCGAACCGCGCUGGAGUGCCAGGCCAUGCUUGCAGCAAGCGGCAUCGGCCACUUCUCACCCUUGCAUUUCUUGCAGUACACCAGACCGGGAAACUACGAUAUGCUGCGGCAAACGGCCUACAAAGUCCUGGUCACGCCAAGGGUGUUCGAAGACCCCUCCAUCCUGCGGUACGUGCUGUAUUGCAUGGUAGCCGACCCAUCACCUUACAUCCGGCAAAGUCUCCAGCGCGCAUUCGGCAAGGUCCUGGGCAGACGAGCAAUCGGCGAGAAAACCAGCGCUGUGGCUCAACCAGCGGCCGAUUCUCUGAUCAUCGAAGGAGCCUCCGCCGGCGACGCCGACGAGGGGCCUUCCAAGCGGCAGGAGGAGCUGGCCAGGCGGCAGACCUUGGGGGGAGCGGUGAAGGCACUGAGGGAGGAUCUGGGCAGGAAUGGUCCUCUGAGAUCCGCACUGUGGCACGCCAUCUGUUACGACCAAAUCACUCUCGAAGAUCUGCAGACUCUACUUGACUUUUGCCGCUUAUUGUACGAGCCGGUCAACGAGGUCAAAGUCACGCUACGAAUGCCCCGGUACUGGAAGGUUCAGAAUCUAGGAAAGGGCAAACUCAAGUUCUCCGAGACGCGCAAAGUCCGCAACAAACCUGUGCCCAAGUGGCAGCCUCCACCACCUCCCACUGCAGUCUUGGGUGGCCCUCCUCGUCCUGCAUUACCUCAGCCGCGAUCAAGUAUUGGUGGAGGAAGUGGUCUGAAGCUGAAGUUGAAGGUGGGCGGAAGUAGUACAAACGACAGUCAUUCUGCAGGGCCGAAUCGUACACCUUCGGUUUCACUGCCGAAUCCGACCCCAACACCACCACCCCCGGUUGCCCAUCACGCUAAGCCAGCGCAGCAGCAAAAGCCUGCUCCUCAAAAACCGCAGACACCUAUCGGAGGACCGGGUCGUAUUACCCUAAAGAUUCCCAAGAGGCCGGCUGAGAAUGGAAGCUCUUCCCAACCUUAA